AGUUCGUAUAUCUGCAUUCUUGUGUGUGCAUGCGUCUCGUUUGUGAGCGGGCACAUUGAGCGCCCAUCUCCUUUUCCAACUUUUGGAUUAGUUUGUUCUAGCUGUUUUCUGUCCAGAGCUGGAUUUUUAUUGGAUUGUUUCUUGGAUCCUGGGAUGCCUACAAGAUCAUGUAUGUUCUAACAAAGUGUCGCAAUCGUCUUUUCAAGACAUUCCAGACGGAAGAUAUGGGCAACCAAAAUGGUACAGCACCAUCAGGGGGAGCCGCCCCAGAGGUGAGCAAUGCAAACUCUGGGACCACCAGCAACACUACCAGUAGCACCAGCGGCAGCAGCAGCAGCAACAACGGAAGGACCAAUCAGAGACGUGCGACCAGUCCUGGCAUGCCCAACCGAGCAGGGAGAAAGGGUGCCCGCAGCGUGCAAAGCACUGCAGGAGGGACACCAGCACCUCCAACACCCACCAAACCAACGCACAUGAAGUCUUCCAACCAACCCCAGAAUCAGCACCCACACCAACAGCAACAACAGGCUGCCACUGCACAGAACCAGGCAAAGGGCAACGAGUUUGUAGAUUUUAUUUACGAUUAUGCAACCAAGGAAAAUGGCGAAGGAGGGGAGGAGAGCAAUGGUAAAAAUGGUGAGGAUUCAACCAACAAAAAGAAUAAAUCGUACGAUGCCGUGGUGGCCGGGGACCUAGCUGGACACAGAGAGCAUGUUGAUAAGAAACAAGGCAGAGGGGAGCGAGCCAGAGCACAUACCCAUGGCCAUGCUGCUAGGAAACACAAGUCACCUGCCAAUAAACCAAACACAAAGAGCACAUUGGUUGUUGACUAUAUUGAUGCUUCGCAGAAUCCCCAGUCCUACUCAUCGUCAAAUCUCACUGUUCCUGAUAUGAAUGCGGGAAAUGACUCAGGCCACCAAUUUGGUGAGUUCACACGGCCCAAAGCUGCUCCAGAGUCCAAGCCACACAGAGAAAGGGCCAGAGCGCAAUCCCACGGCCACCGUAAGAAGGGUUCAGGUGAUGCCAAGAAUCAAAACAAACAAAAGGGUACGUCUUCCUCCAGCGAUACAUCAGAUAGAGAACACGUUGUCAAUCUCUUGGCUGUGCCACCCAAACCCGCAAAGCCAUCAGAAAAUGGACACCGUAGCAAACUUUCCUCUAGUACGAAUGAACUGGAUGAUGCUACCCGUGAUGAUAACAGGAGUCAUGAAAACCUAUCAGACGUCUCGGUACAUGAUUCCUCUAUGUCAGAGAAACCCUAUGAAGCCAUGCCAUCUGAUAAGAACAAGAGGGACACGCCCCCAUCAUCUACCGGGGAAAAUUAUGAGAAUGGCACAAGUUCUUCAGAAUUGGCCAAACUUAAGCAUGACAAUGCUAAGCUGAGGAAGGAGUUAGCAGAUAGUAGGAAAUCUUCAGAUAAAGACAGCAAAAAGAUUGAGAAUAUGGAGGCGGAGAUUAAAAAACUAAAACUAAGAGAAGCGGAAGAUGCCAAGACGCUGGAAACCAUGGUUCAACAUGUAGAGGCCAAUCUCAAGAGAACUACGGAAAGAGCAGUGACAGCAGAAAAUACCAUAACCAAACUUAAAGCUGAGAUCAAACAACUUAAGGUGAGAUUUUUUUAUACAAUUAGAAUUAUGAAAAGUCUUUGUCUGAGCAGCCCUUCUUUGUAACGUAACAACUUGACAUAGAGUGUCAACUGAAACUAGUUAAACACAACUAAACUACUAAAGUUCAAAAUUCGUCUUUAUUCAUCCAUAUCGGAAAUUUGUUUUGUUCACAACAUCAAAAUACCAUAUUAAACAUAUAAAGCUGUUAUUACAUAAAAAUUAUAUACAGUAAAUUUGAAUACACAUUUACAUAAUGGCUUCAAACAGAUAAGCCUCCAUUUGAAUAUUAGAUGACAAUACUGGAAAUUCAGUAGGAAUGCGAGUACUAGUAUAGAAAUAACUAGUAACUAUUAUUUCAGUACAUACAAUUUAGUAUUUUGUUUCAAUAAUAAAUUCAUGUAGUAUUAACAUAUUAACCACUUGACUGCUAUAGGCUGUAAUGUGCACUGACCCCCCUGGUGCUACUGAAUGGGACUAACAAGUUGAUCUAUUUGGGACUACAACCGACAGCAACUUGGGGGAAAAAUUGUAAAUAAUCACAUCACUUUCCUCAUCACUAUUUCCAAUAUCCACACAAAAAAUCAUCCUCCCCUUCUGACACAGAUCUGUCACUAAAUUUAUUACUCCUAUCGUCUAAAGUUUCGUCAAAAUCCUUACGAUUCACUUCUCCACUGUGAGUCGCCAUUUUGUACUGAGCUCCGUACACUAUCACUAUGGAAAAGUGAAUAUAGACAUUUAUAAAUCACUGCAAAAGUUUCGAUAACUUUUGUGGAAUAGCGCCAUCUGGUGACCAUAGUCUCAAAUUUGAUAUACAUGCGCUUUUUUCAUCGUAAGGGUAUUAACAGCGUGGUGCUGACGCCUCAAACAGAAGAUGGGUCAAACACGUAAUAAUACGUGCCCCGCACAGAUCGUACACUCGCCCAGAAUGUAAUAUUACGUGCUAUGCAGUCAAGUGGUUAAUUCCAAAAAGUUACUAUAUUGCCUCCAAAAAUGCUUCAUUUUAUAGAUGUGUAUUUAUCCCCAUUUUAAUCAUCACGAGAAAAGUUAUGAGAUAAAAUUAUUUGGGUAGACAGGUUGUAUUUAUGAUAAAUAAUUCAAACAUUUUAAGCCAUAUCUAACCUCUUAAUUCCAAUAAAAUUCAGGUGAGAUCUUAGAAAGUAUGCACUAUGUUCGUGGUUUCAUGAUAAAAUGGCAAAUAACAGAUUAAAAAUAAUUGCUGUGUCUAAGUUUUAGAUCAAAGCAGGCUAUGAUCUUGCCAAGACCAAAAAUUCAAGGCAUAAGGGGCAGAAAAACAAACAUCCUUAAGUUUUACCAUAAAUGGCUCUGAUUGACAUAUUAACAAAUAAAUUGCUUUCACACCAUUCUUGAAACAUAACAAAUAUUUUGGCGAUGAGCUGUCUCGUCUACAUUGUUUACUAGGCCCAGAAUAACCGUAUCAUCUGCAUACUUUAUGAUCGAUACAUUCUGACAUUCUGCCUUACAAUCAUUUGUGUAAAGGAUAAACAAAAGUGCUAAAAGCACACAACCUUGAGGUGAACCUGUAUUAAAAACCAUAGUUUUGGAUAUCGCAAUUUGUACUUUAAACCGUUUGCCUACAAUAUCAGAGAG